AAAGCUGGGUCCGGACGACAAAACAGAUUCCAGAGUGGAGCAGAUAUGCGCUUUGUUUUAUCUACAAGUAUGCCAGCUGGGAGAAAACAAGAAAAACGGCCUUUUUCUGCUGAUUUUGACAGCUAACAUCGUUUGAAAACAGCCUCCGCUCGAAAAAGUAGACCGACGUUAAAAGUCAUGACUUUGGAAAACUUUUACUAACUUUCGUUAGAGGUUGUAGAGUUGAAAAAAAAAAAAAUUAAAAAAAAUCUGGGUUGGCUCGCCUUUUAAAAGUUUCGUAACUCAACGUUUUCGGGCCGCAAAAAGUUCGCAGAGCGCUUGUGGAACAAUGGAUCCGAGCCAGCACAACCCUCCAGCCGGACACCAGAUCGUGCACGUUCGGGGCGACUCGGAAACGGACCUGGAGGCGCUGUUCAACGCCGUGAUGAACCCGAAGGGCGCCGUCGUGCCCCAGUCCGUGCCCAUGAGGAUGAGGAAGCUGCCGGACUCCUUCUUCAAGCCCCCGGAGCCCAAGUCCCAUUCCAGACAAGCUAGCACUGAUGCUGGAAGCGGCGGCGUGCUAACCCCCCACCACGUCCGUGCACACUCGUCUCCAGCUUCCCUGCAGCUGGGCGCCGUUUCGGGUGGCUCCCUGUCUGGCAUGGCCUCAGCGGGCGCCUCCCCCCAACAUCUCCGCCAGUCCUCCUAUGAGAUUCCCGACGACGUGCCCCUGCCACCGGGCUGGGAGAUGGCCAAGACCACCUCCGGCCAGAGAUACUUUCUCAACCACAUUGAUCAAACCACCACUUGGCAGGAUCCACGCAAAGCCCUGCUCCAGUUGAACCAGGCGACCCCUCCCAGCACCGUUCCAGUCCAGCAGCAGAACCUCAUAAGCCCGGCUAGUGGACCCCUACCUGAAGGCUGGGAACAAGCCAUUACACCAGAGGGAGAAAUUUACUACAUUAACCACAAGAACAAGACUACUUCCUGGCUAGAUCCACGACUUGAGACUCGCUAUGCCUUGAACCAGCAGAGGAUCACCCAAAGCGCUCCGGUUAAACAGGGAGGGCCGCUGCCUCCCAACCCUCACGGCGGCGUCAUGGGAGGAAACAGCCAGAUGAGGCUGCAGCAGCUAGAGAAGGAGAGAAUGCGACUGAAGCAACAGGAACUUCUCCGGCAGAGACCACAGGAGCUCGCUUUACGGAACCAGCUGCCCACCAGUAUGGAUCAGGAUGGCAGCUCCAACCCCGUCUCCUCCCCCAUGGCCCAGGACGCCCGGACCAUGACCGCAAACAGCACCGACCCAUUCCUCAACAGCGGGACCUACCACUCCAGGGAUGAGAGCACCGACAGCGGCCUGAGCAUGAGCAGCUACAGCGUCCCCCGCACUCCAGACGACUUCCUCAACAGCGUCGACGAGAUGGACACAGGAGACCCGCUGGCUCCCUCCAUGGGGACGCAGCCCAGCCGUUUCCCCGACUACCUGGACACCAUCCCCGGCACGGACGUGGACCUGGGCACGCUGGAGAGCGAGAGCAUGGCGGUGGAGGGCGAGGAGCUGAUGCCCAGCCUGCAGGAGGCCCUGAGCUCCGACAUCCUCAACGACAUGGAGACCGUGCUGGCAGCUACCAAGAUCGACAAGGAGAGCUUCCUCACAUGGUUAUAGAGGACCCGCCUCCUCCUCCUCCUCUUCCUCCCUGAGCUCUGAACUGCCUGCUCUCAUCCGUGAAGGAUUCAUGGAUGUUUUUACCAGACAUUUCAGCCAAGUUUUUUUUUUUUUUUUGGGACUUGUGUGAAACCCCGCCCCCUGCGCCGCCCUCCUUCUCUUUCAGGCAGUAUUUCUCCUCACUGGUGUUUUUAAAUGUGUCUGUGUCUUCAAGGCUGGCCUAUGAACAGACAGUUAUGCAAGGGUGCCCCUCCGAAUCUUUCAGCGGCCUCCUCCCGGAUCUGGAGCCCGCUCACCUUGAGCAUCCUAACGGACUCGUGUGCGAGGACCGCCGCCGUGUUUCUACGUCUUCUUCUUUUAACGAACCUGAGAAACCAAAAAUGAUGUAUUUGGCGAGUACAGAACAAUACUGAUUUGGGGUAAAGGUAACAAGAGGCCCGGUUGGACAUUUUGGCUGGGGAGGGGGCGUAAAAGCAUAGGGACCGACUACAGUGCUGCUUGGCUGUGCCAGCAAGUCUAAGUUAAACCUUUUUGAUAGAUCAAGUGCCUUCAGUUGUAUUUUUUAAAGAUGCGAGCAACACGAAGAAUUACUCUGCAAUAUUAAAGCAUCUGGCGUUUAUUUUACUUAUAUAUCAGCCUUCUAGUGUUCAACCAUCAAAAUGUUUUUCAACAGAAUUCGGGGGUUCCCUUUUUAACCCUUCUUCGUAUCUCAGUCUUAUCCUGGCAUAACUCCCACUUUUAUUGAUUUUUUUUUAGUACUUUUAUUUUGUUUUUUAGCUCAUUACAUGCGUAGCUUAGAUCAAACUGCUUGAGUUUUACUGUCAUGGAUGAACUGAAACUAUUUUUAACAGAGUCUGUUGUUGAGAUUUAUUCUGCUUGAACAUUUUUAAGACUGUCUUUUUUUUUUUGCUUUACUUUAUAUACAUAUACAUAUAUGUAUUAUUAAUGUUGUAAUUUCGUUGAUCACGAAACGGCUUUUUUGCAAAACAUUAACCAAAAAGGCAGAAUUCUGUUUAGAAUUGCAGAAACUCCUCAGAUUAGAUCAACUUGUGAGUUUUUUUUAUUGCAAGUUUUGAAGCCGUCUUCCUCUAGAGGGCGCUGUGGCCUCUGUGCGUCGAGGGUUAAAAGAGGAGGUUUUGGUCAAGCGGGUCGGAAAGAAAGUCUGGAGCGGUGUCGAGAGUGAGAUUUCUUUUUUUUUUUUUUACAUUGUUUUCGUGAGUUUAUAACGAAAUAACCCCGGAACAAUCGAACAGCUCGGUCAGGAAUUGUCGCAGCAGAUUCCAAAGACGUUUUCUCGUAACAACACUACCAUUUAGUUUUGGUUCCAGCGUCAGAGCCCGGUAAUGCAGUGAUUUGCGAAUCGGCUUCUGUACGAACAAAACCGUAUAAGCUAACGGGAUGAUUUCUGUAUGUUUUAAAGUGUUAAUGGAGAAGUUUUUCCUUUCUUUCUGUUUGUAGGUUGUUUUGAGUGACUAACCCUGAAAGUUUUUACUUUUUUUAUAAGAUGAGGCCUCGGAACAGAGGAGAAAGCCUUUCUCCCAUCAGCACUCGCAUGUUUACAUACUUUGGGGGAACUGCUGCAGCAGCAGUGGAGACGACACACUCUCACGGUUAUUUCUUGAUGUUUACACUGUUGCAUCCCUGCAGAAUAAACAGCCUGCCGUGUGGUUUAAGCCGACGGAACACACUACGUAUAUGUAUAUCUACAUACAUAUAUCAUUUUGUUUGUUUUCAAUUGUUUUCUGAGAACUAGUUGAUUAUAAAUCAUAUGUGGAUGGUUUGAUGGACAGUGUUGGUGAGAACAAAGCAGCAAAAGGGGCGGGACACCACGAGGCGGCUGGAGGUUUUUCAUUCAAAUGCAGAGAUGUCACUCUAAAGCUGAUUUUAAUGCUUAACUUAGUGUGUACUUGUCAGAGCGUUACUAGCUGUUGACUCACCGUAGCAGUAGAACUAAUCAAAAAGUUAAAGGAUUUUGUAUUUAGAGGAUUUUGUAUUUAGAGUUCUCUAAAUGCACAUGAAAUGAGUUUAUAUUCAGUAAAGACUGUUCAUUUUUUGAUAGAUAUGUGCAUGUGUUUUAGAACAAUAAAUUCUGUUACAUUAUAUACCUUUCUUCAAAUGAUACUUUGAAAUUGGCCUCAAAUAAAGUAUAUACUUUGUGGUAAUCGUUA